CCCGUUAAUAGUCACGUCACUCCAAGACAGAAACAGAGGAUUCGCGGUUUACAAUCCAGACACGAACCAAUCAAGUAGUACUACUUACCAAAGACGCCGAGCAAAUUGACGCACAAACCAUGCCUCUCGAGCUUUUCCACCACUUGGUCACUCUGCUCCUUCUCCUUGUGGCUGCCGAUCGCGGUCUCGCGGCCACGGUCGGCAGCGACGACGGUUGGCAGUUCGCCUACAAUGGCUUUGCCGGCACGAACCUCACUCUCGACGGUGUGGCCAAGGUCACGCCCAACGGCCUCCUCAUGCUGACCAACGGCACCAUCCAGCAGAAAGGGCACGCCUUCCACCCGUUCCGGGCCGCGCGCUCCUUCUACACGACCUUCGUCCUUGCCAUCUUCGGGCAGUACAUCGACCUGAGCAGCCCUGGCAUGGCCUUCUUCAUCACCACGUCCAAGGAGGUGCUGUCUACAGCGCUCCCUGGCCAGUACAUGGGCCUCCUCAACGCCACCAACAACACCGACCGGGAAGCCCACAUCUUCGCCGUGCAGUUGGACACCCUCCACAACUCCGAGUGCCACGACUUAAACGGCAACCAUGUCGGCGUCGACCUGGAUAGCAUGGUGUCCCGAGAUUCCGCCGAUGCUGGUUACAACGACGAUGCCACGGGCCGGUUCCACAACCUAAGCCUCAUCAGCCGGAAGGCAAUGCAGGUAUGGGUGGACUACUAUGCCUCUGCCACAGAGAUCGCCGUGACCAUGGCUCCCCUUGGCAUAGACAAGCCCAAGAAGCCCCUGCUACGUACCACCAUGGACCUCUCGACCGUGGUGCAGGACAUGGCCUACGUUGGGUUCUCCUCGGCAACGGGAGCCCUCUUCACACGCCACUUUGUCGUUGGUUGGAGCUUCGCGCUGGACAGGCCAGCUCCGAUGUUGAAUAUCUUGUCGUUGCAUGCCUUGCCGCCGAUCGGACCCAAGUCACGGUCCAAAGUGUUGCAGAUCGUGCUACCCAUAGCAUCCUCCACAACGGUUUUAUCCAUGGGCAUCAUUGUUUACAUUUUGGUUCGAAGGCAUCUCAGGUACGCGGAGGUCCAUGAGGACUGGGAGAAAGCAUUUGGGCCGCACCGAUUCUCUUACAAGGAUUUAUUUCAAGCGACCAAGGGGUUCAGCCAGAAGAACCUACUCGGAGCUGGAGGCUUUGGAAGCGUCUACAAGGGCGUGCUUCGCAAGUCUCACAUGGAGGUCGCCGUGAAGAGGGUGUCGCAUGAGUCAAGGCAAGGGAUGAAGGAGUUUAUCACGGAGGUUGCAAGCAUGCGAAGCCUGCGCCACCGCAAUCUGGUGCCGUUGCUCGGUUAUUCCCGACGAAAGGGAGAAUUUCUCUUGGUCUAUGUUUACAUGCCAAAUGGUAGCCUGGAUAAAUAUCUAUACGUUCGUAGCAAGAUGAGCGAAAUAACCACGUAGUAGUGCUCAUGGAUUGGGUUGUCGACCAUUGGCAUAAGGGUUGCAUCACUAAGGCGGCAGACAUUAGGAUGCCAAAUAUGUUUAGUCUUGA